UCUGGAGUGUCCAGGAUGAGUGCUUAGAACUUUAUGACUAUUGUAGCAAGACAACAUCAACAUGGUCUUCUGAGGCCCCUUUCAGUCCACCAGAUAUUGGCAGUCAUUGUCUUUCUCUUUCCAGAUUUGGAUUCCAUACAAGUGGCCCUACCAAAAAAUGUGUCUCUACCUUAAAAAGUGCUAUAAGUUUGAAUAGCAUUCCCUAUCAUAUCACCAUAGGUUUUUUAGUUUGCUUCAUGUUAUGCCAAUAAUAUUUGCACCAUGAACACUGAAGUAAAUUUAUAUCCAUUUCAUAGGUGUCUAAGACAAACUGGUAAUGUUUUAGCAAUUGUUAUCAGGACAAUAUUUACUCUGCGUUUCUUUGAUAGAAAUGUCUUCUGUACUUCCUUCCAAAAUCUGUUCAUAUUGUUUGAUUAUAUGUUUAAUUCAUCUUGUUUCCUUUUGUAUAUUUGUUUAAGUGAAUUUGGAACAGUGACUUCAUUAGGUGGUUGAAGAAAGUCAUACAUGCUCUCUCUGCAUUUUCAGUAAAUGCCAGUUCAGCUAUAGCUAUCUAUAGCUUGUCUCCUUCUGUCUCCAGCAAUAUAACUACCUUUAAUCCUAAAGACCCCAAAGACAGCAUUGCCAGACCAGAACUCACAACUCGCCCACCCUGGACAAAUGGACGGCUUUGAGAAUUCUCAUCAGGAAAGUAAAGACAGAAUUUCUAAGGACAAUACCACCAACUGUGGAAAACAGACAAAUAACAGUCAGGUUUAUGAAACUGAUAGACCGUCCAAGCGGCUUCGAAGGAAAAGGAAGUUGCUUUUAGAUUCUGAAGAUGAAGAAGAAAAUGCAGAUGAGGAGGAGGAAAAGAAUAAAUUGAAUCUGAAAAACCGCAGGAAUGCUAAACCAGUUAAGCAAGUUCUUCCUGGAAAGAAGAAUGUUUGGAACUGGAUGACAUAUUUAGAUGAAGAACGAAUGCCAGCUGCUCCCUUGAAACUUUUCAAAGAGUCUCAGUCCUUUCCACAAAACAAAAAUGGAUUUAAAGUUGGAAUGAAGCUUGAAGGACUGGACCCUGAGCAUCCAUCGUUAUGUUGUGUCCUUUCUGUUGCUGAGGUGCAGGGGUACCGAAUGCGAUUACAUUUUGAUGGUUAUUCAGAGUGCUAUGACUUCUGGGUUAAUGCCGAUUCUCCAGAUAUCCAUCCUGUUGGCUGGUGUGAAAAAACUGGUCACAAGCUGCUCCCUCCUAAAGGUUACAAAGAUGGGGAAUUUAACUGGGCUUCAUACUUGAAGAACUGCAAAGCUCAGGCUGCCCCAAAAACUCUUUUCAAGAUCCUAAGCACACCAGUCACACCUUCUGGUUUUCGGGUGGGGAUGAAGUUAGAGGCAGUAGACAAAAAGAAUCCUUCCUUGAUGUGUGUAGCAACCAUUGCAGACAUGUUGGAUAACCGGUUGCUAGUUCAUUUUGACAACUGGGGUGAAAGUUAUGAUUACUGGUGCGAUGCUAGUAGUCCAUAUAUUCGACCUGUUGGUUACUGCCAAGAAACUGGAACUCCCCUAACAACACCAGCUGAAUACAAAGAUUUCAAAAGCUUCUCAUGGGAGAAAUACCUGGAAGAAACUGGUUCUCAGGCAGCACCAGCAAGAGCAUUUAAACUGCGCCCAGCUCAUGGAUUUCAGACUAACAUGAAACUAGAAGCUGUAGACAAAAGAAACCCCAUGCUAAUUAGAGUGGCGACCAUAAUUGAAAAGGAUGACCAUCGUGUCAAGAUACACUUCGAUGGCUGGGAUCAUACCUUUGAUUUUUGGGUUGAUGCUGACAGUCCAGACAUUCAUCCCAUAGGUUGGUGUGCCAAAACUGGACAUGCCUUGCAGCUCCCACCAGGGGCUGCUGAUGCAGCAUCGGUGCCAGCAGGACAAGUAUGCCCUACUCCUGGUUGUCAGGGAUUGGGUCAUGUCAGGGGACCCAGAUACGGGACUCAUUACACGUUAAUUGGCUGCCCUUAUUCUGAAACCAGUCGCACCCGAGAGAGUUUGUUACAGGAUCGCCUUGGUGUAGAAAAACCAUCACCUGGUAGUGGAGCUCCAAAACCCAAGAAACCUGAUAUUUCUGUACAACUUACAGAUUUGCAAGAAGAUUCUCCACAGUCCAGAAAGUCAUCCACGCAAGAAGGAGAGAGGUCAGGGAGAAGCAGUGUUCAUAGUCUUUCUGAACAGUCUGAAACCAGCCAGGAGAAGGACUGGGCUGAAGGGGAAACAUCUGCUAUUACUAAAAUCAGAGCAAAGGGGAUUGGUUGCUCACAUAGCUAUAUAAAGCUCCAGCUAGUGAAGCAGGAGGCUGAUGAUGAAAGAGACACGGCAUUUGCUCUACAGCAGGCCCUCCACCAGUCUGUCUUCAUGCCUUCCCUUUCUGCCAAUCCGACCCACCGUCUCCAUCUCUGCUGGGAGCAACAUUGCAAACUGCUGCCAGAGGUUUCGGGCCUUACCGCUAAGAACGUGGCCAAAUGGAGUGUGGAAGAGGUGGCUUGCUUUGUCCAGCGUCUGCCCGGUUGCAAAGAGCAGGCCGCACUCUUCCGACAAGAGCAAAUUGAUGGUGAAGCCUUCCUCCUUCUGAAUCAGUCAGACAUCGUUAAAAUCCUCAGCAUCAAGCUGGGGCCUGCACUGAAAAUAUAUAAUGCGAUCCUCAUGUUCAAGACAGCAGAAGAAGACUGACUGAGAAAUUCUCCGGGGCCGGGCUGGGCCAGGGGGGCAAAGCUGUGAAAGGCCUCCAAGUGCAGCUUCACAGCAGAACGCCCAGACUCCUGUUCCUGAAGACUGAGUGGAUUGGAACCUUGGAAAGAAAAUGACCGGGUCGUAUUUCACAUGGUUGUGGAUAGAGAAUAUCGAAAGCAUUCUGAAAUUCAGUCCCUUUGGCAGCUUGGAACGGAUGCGAUGGCUUCCCUUCUAGGAAGAGAUGUUUAUUUUUUUUUUU